AUGUUACAAGCUUUAAUUGGAUUCCAAUUUCAACUGAAAGGACAAUUAGGAGAAAAGGAGAGGAGACUUCAACUCAGCCAGGAAGCCAGGACACAGCACACACAAUUCCACAUGCAAUUUUCAUACAAACCAAUGUUUCAGAGACUUUUCCCAGUAAGACCAGAAAUUUCUUCAAGUCAGUUACCAUCCUUUCCCAAGGUCCCAGCACACCUGGAAAGUUCUGCUAGGACUCAGCUACAGAAAGUUCAGAGACAGCAAGUAAAACCUUUUAUGACCCUUGACCACCAGAUCGUCCACCAGACUCUUAAACGGUCACACCCUCCAACACCAAGCAGUGCACUUCUGGUACAGCAUGGACACCAAUCUCCCGAGAGUAACACUGGACCCACUGGAAAUCCACUCACCAAGUUGCUAACUCUUGGGAAAGAAGAUGACAAUGUGGAAUGGCAUAUGGAGGACGUUAUUGAGGAUAUAAUCGGUAUGGAAUCGAGUUUUAAAGAGGAAGGAACAGACUCUCCUCUGCUAAUGCAAAGAACACUUUCUGGAAGUAUUUUGGAUGUGUAUAGUGGUGAGCAGGGAAUUUCACCAGUUAAUAUGGGCCUUACAAGUGCUUCUUGUCCAAGUAGUCUACCAAUGAAAAGAGAAAUUACAGAAACUGAUACUCGAGCUUUGGCAAAAGAGAGACAAAAAAAGGACAACCACAACCUCAUUGAAAGAAGAAGAAGGUAUAAUAUUAAUUACCGAAUCAAGGAGCUUGGCACUCUUAUUCCAAAGUCUAAUGAUCCUGAUAUGCGCUGGAACAAAGGAACCAUUCUAAAAGCAUCAGUGGAGUACAUCAAGUGGCUACAAAAAGAACAACAGAGAGCUCGAGAAUUAGAACACAGACAGAAGAAAUUAGAGCAGGCUAACAGGCGCCUUCUACUCCGGAUUCAGGAACUAGAAAUACAGGCUCGUGCUCAUGGUCUGCCAACCCUGGCUUCACUUGGCACAGUUGAUUUAGGUGCUCACAUCACCAAACAACAGGCCCAUCUUGAGCAGAAUUCAGUAGACUAUUGCCAACAAUUGGUUCUGUCUCAGGGGACAAGCCCUGAGCUCUGUGAUCAAGCUAUGGCCUUCUCUGAUCCUUUGUCACACUUCACAGAUUUAUCAUUUAGUGCGGCUUUGAAGGAGGAACAAAGAUUGGAUGACAUGCUACUGGAUGACACAAUAUCUCCAUUUGGAACAGAUCCUCUGCUAUCUGCCACUUCUCCUGCAGUUUCCAAAGAGAGCAGUAGGAGAAGUAGCUUUAGCUCAGAUGAUGGUGAUGACUUAUAA